UCAAAAAUUAUUUCAUACGACGGCUGCCAGCAGACGUUCAGCCUGGCAUCUGGCGGGCCAUCGUCAGCAUCUUGACAGAGAAGGCGGUCCAGAUAUUGACGAAUCCUUCCAUGCUCAAAAGCAGGAGUUUCCGAUCUGAGGUCCUUGAUAUCAUAAAGGCUAGACAGCGAUUCGAUCUUCCGCCAAUCGAACCACCUCAGGCCUUCAUUCAGGUGCUGCUCGAACAGUCGCUGGAAGUUCCAGCCCCAACCUUGCAACCCCCCACUUCCGAAGUACCUCCAGUUUCACGUCCUCCAAGCAUGGCUAUGUCGCGCAGUCUUCCUCGACCGCCUGAGAUUUUCAUUCUUCACCCAGACUCGCAAAGACAAUCCGCACCAUCACCACGUUCAUCACCACGUCUCAUGCCGCAACAGCAGGCUCUGUCGUUGUUUACUUCGUACCUCGCCUUAUAAUUACCAUCGAGUCUAUGAAAAGCACAGUUUAGACACCUACCAUGAAGCUCGACACGAGCCAUCUAAUAAAGUCAACUCGCGUAGUGAUUUUGGCCAAGUUGACAGGAUUAACGCCUCCUCGUGACGAUGCAACCGGGAGAAGAAGUCAUGUGUUCGAA